AAAAUGUUCCCCCUCUGCUAAUCAUACUGGAAUCUCACAGAACAACUGUUGAGAGAACAGGCUUGCCAUCAGGAAGCAGGGCAGAACUGUCAGUCUUCUGGGAUGAAGGAAUGAGAUGAAGACAAGAAUACAGGCUGCAGCAUGGACUUUCGCUCCGCCCGACGAGCUGUGCUUCAGCUGCUCCGGACCACGGCUCCAGCAGAAGUCCCGGCACUGCUCCACUGGAUGAGAACUACUCGGGAUUUUGACGAAUUCACUCAAGAUAACAAUGACAUUGUGCUGAAAAACAUAGCCGAUGACCUUCGGAGCUGUUUGCCCCCAGAGGCUAUGCUUUGCUCGGAACAGCUAGCCCUCCAAAAAAUACAACAGCAGCCAGAACCCACGGUUCACGUUGAUGCAUUCCUUUAUGAUGAAGACUUUAUUGAUUCAUUAUGUGAGGAAGGAAAGAUGAGCAGACACUACUGUACCGUGUGUGGCUCGCACCAAACGGCGCCUUUGGGCUUUAUUUCCCAUUCCUUCUCACUCGCGGAGCUGAAGUUCCUCUAUCAUCACAUACUGCCCGACCUGUCGGGAAAGGUCUUGGUUGACAUUGGCUCCAGACUUGGCCCAGUCCUUUACGGGGGCUACCUUUACAGCUCAGCAGCGCAGAUCUGCGGAGUAGAGCUGAACGGAGACUUUUGCCAGUUGCAGGAAAUGAUCGUCGAAAAAUACCAGUUCAGCGACAGAAUAAAGGUGCUUCGUGCGGAUAUCUGUACCCAAGGUCCGCUUCUGCAGAGUGCUGAUGUCAUUGUAAUGAAUAACGUCUUCGAGUAUUUUCUUACUGAGGCUAAACAGGCCAGUGCCUGGGACUACAUCAUUCAUCAUGUCAGAAAACAAGGCUCACUGUUAGUGACAGUACCAAGUCUCCAAGAAUCUCUCUUAGGUCUUAAGACUAAUAUGCAGCUGUCCUCCUGGGUGGAAGAGAUAUCACUGAACCUUGAUGUGUGCCAGCAAACGGACAUUGACAGAGAAGCUCUUGAACAGAUUCAUGUGUAUAAGGUUCUCUAG